GAAACAUGAAAUUAUGAUGGAUCUUUCAAAAUUUUAGUUGAUAUAUUUUUGUACAAAAUAGUGAUAAGAAACCAAAAAAAAAAUCAGAAAUGUAAAAUUGUUAGUGUUUAUAUUGUGUUGGCCCGCUUAUCACCGGCCGUGAAAAUUUGCCAGUAAACUCCACCAUGGAUCCGGAUGACGAAACCGAGCAUCAAUAUAAGGUACCUGAUGAUUUUCCCAAAAUACACACAAAAUGCAACAGCAACCGUCCACACACCAGUCCACAUGUAUCAACAGAAACCACAAUUCCGUCUACAUCAGGCCUUCAAACCGCAGAAAACGCAGAUAGCAUGAGAAAGAAUGACGAGGCCCCGAGCAACCAGAAAGAGAAGGAAAAUGAAGGGUCCAUAUCCGACUGGGUUUCCGGCGGGCCGAUCGGCUCCAAGGGCGCCGUCCUGAUAUUCAGGUCGUGCGUCCUUGCGUCCAGGACACCCUCGAUGGAGUCAACGACCAAAACAGUAGGCAAUAAUACGGGGACAACAAUUCUAUUGAACAAGGCGAAGAACAUGGCGAAGAGGCUGGUCGCCGAGCCGCAUUCGUUCAGCGUGCGACCGAAGACAAUCAUGCACGACGUCAUGGAGACGUUCGGGAACCACGCCAAGUUCACUGGGCAGGCGUACGUCGUUCGGCACGUCAGCGAGGCGGAGAUACCGGAGACCGUGUCGGUGGAGGAGCAGGGCCACGAGCACAAGAGGGAUAUCGACGAUGUGCUCAAUGAUCUCAGUAAAAUUACGUUGAAGAAGCAUUUGAAUAUCGAAAACACGACCGCUAAUAUAAAACCGCCAGAGGAACCACCGCCAGUCAUUGUUAAAGAGAUAAAAGAAGAGAAGAAAGGUAAAAAGAGCAAAAGCAAAAGUAAAAAGAAUAAAAUACAAAGGACGAUAUCGCCCGGCAACGACAGCGACGACUCUGAACAUUCUCUAGUCAAAGUUGAUAGUGUUAAGGUAUUAGAAAGCUGCCACAUGCCCGCCUGGAUACUCCGGCUGACGUACAAGCUGGUGAACACGGAGACGAAGCUGCUGCACCGGCUGCUGCAGGCGCACGGGCUGCAGGAGGCCUGCUCCGAGUCGCGGGACUUCAACCUGCUGUGGGCGGGGCUGCACCCCAAGCCGGACGUGCUGCGGUCGCUGUCACCGUACCAGCGGGUCAACCACUUCCCCAGGUCGUACGAGCUGACGCGCAAGGACAAGCUGUUCAAGAACAUCGAGAAGAUGCAGUACUUCCGCGGGCUGAAGCACUUCGACUUCAUCCCCACCACGUUCCUGAUGCCCGGCGAGUACAAGGAGCUGUGCACCACGCACUACCGCACCAAGGGGCCCUGGAUCGUCAAGCCGGCCGCCUCCAGCCGGGGCCGCGGGAUCUAUAUCGUCAAUACGCCGGAGCAGAUACCGAAGGGCGAGAGCGUGGUGGUGGCGAAGUACAUCGACCGGCCGCUGCUGAUCGGCGGGCACAAGUGCGACCUGCGGCUGUACGUGUGCGUCACGUCCAUCGACCCGCUGCUGGUGUACCUGUACGAGGAGGGGCUGGUGCGCUUCGCCACCGUCAAGUACGACGCGAGCGGCCGCAACCUGUGGAACCCGUGCAUGCACCUCUGCAACUACAGCAUCAACAAGUACCACACCGACUACAUCAAGUGCGACGACCCGAACGCGGGCAACAUCGGGCACAAGUGGACGCUGUCGGCGCUGCUGCGGCACCUGCGCAAGCAGGGCCGCAACACGGCCGCGCUGAUGGCGGCCAUCGAGGACCUCGUCGUCAAGUCCAUACUCUCCUCCGCGCAGACCAUCACCGCGGCCGCCAGGGUCUUCGUGCCCAACCUGUUUAAUUGCUUCGAGCUAUUUGGCUAUGACAUACUGGUAGACGAUAUGUUGAAACCGUGGCUAUUGGAAAUCAAUUUGUCUCCAAGCCUGGCGUGCGAGAGCCCGCUGGACGCGCGCGUGAAGUCGGCGCUGCUGGCGGACACGCUGACGCUGGUGGGGCUGCCCGCCGUGCCCAUGUCGCGCGCCGACGCCGCGCCGCACUCGCUCAAGAUGCGCAUCGGCGCGUGCCGGCGCGUGCACUCAGCUGAGAACGUGAGCGCGGGGCAGGGGCAGGGGCAGGCGGGGCCGGGGCAGGGGCUGGGCAGCGCGCUGACGGGCGAGGAGCUGCGCAUCGUGCGCGCGGUGCGGGCGCAGUACGCGCGCCGCGGCGGCUUCGUGCGCAUCUUCCCCAGUCAGAACUCGUGGCAGAAGUACUCGCAGUACCUGGACCCGGUGUCCGGCAUCCCGGUGUGCUCGACGUCGCUGAACAACAACGUGCCGUACACGGUAGUGCAGCACAACUACAACCUGCUGGUGCACUCGCACGUGCUGCCGCACUUCCAGCACGCGGCCGCCGCCACCAGCCUCACCGACACGCCGCAGAGGCUGAAGCGCUACGAGGCGGCGUGCAUAGCGGGCGCGGCGCCCGCCGUGCAGCUGGCGCCGCCCGAGCGCGCCGCGCCGCCGCGGGACGCGCGCCGCGCCAAGGAGCUCAUCAAGCGCCAGCUCGCCGACGGCAUGAGGCUCACCAUGGGCGAGGGCCGGCGCGCGUUCGGCCUGUACCUGACGCACGUGCUCAAGCGCAUCUCGUCGCCCAGCAACGAGCUGGGCGCGCAGCACGCCGCGCUCGUGCUGCGCUUCCUGCGCCGCGCCUCCGCCUCGCUGCGCAUGCCCUACAAUGUAAAGGGCCCGUCCGCGAAGAUGUGCGACAAGGACCGGUGCGCGAUCAUCGCGAAGCAGCUCAACGACUUCCUCUACAUGUACUACCGCGAGACGGAUCUGUACACGGACAGCGCGGACCGCGACGGCUGCGUCUCCAACAUACACUUUGCGCACUUCCUCUACGCGGCCAGCGAGGCGGACCUGGAGGACGUGCUGCUGCAGGUGCUGCGCUCGGAGCGCUGGGUGGCGACCUUCCUGGGCGACACGCGCAGCGCGCUCUGCGUCGACGCGCCGCCCGCCGCCCUCGCGCGCACCAGCCGCCACACGCUGCUGCGGCACCUCGCCGCCGUGGCGCCGCUCAACUGCCGCAAGUACAGGCCCACCCCAGACAUGAGCAGGUCGGAGUCGUCCAGCGCUGCGCCGGAGUCGGAGAGCCCUCCGCCCCCACCAUACACCACCUCCGACAUCGUGCUGAAGGACUCCCUCAAGGAGGAGAAGCCCCACAACGUCGCUAUCAAAUACGCGAAAUCGUAGACCAUAGACAAAAUAAAAUAUAGAACAAAGAAAAUGUUGCCAUACUCAAAAAUAUGGUAAUUUGGGGGCAGUGAAAAAAAUGGUUCGAUAUAAAUAGAAUGUGUGUACAAUUGGCAGUGUGGAGUCUUGGUGAUAUGAUUGUUACAAACAAAUAUAUAUGCGGAUAUUUAUUUUUUGUUAAAAAUGUACUAAACAUACAUACUUGUUUAUAUUUAUCAUGGUAAAAAAAACUUACUAUAAAUAAUAUACCCUCUCUGUCUUAUAAAAGUUCAAUUUCAUAUUAUCUUGACUCCAUAUUGUGGAUUGUAUUUUAAUCGUUAUAAUAAAACAAAAUAUCAAAUGAUCGGUACAAUACGAUGUGUUUAUCACGCAAAACUAAACUACCAAAUAAAGAACUGUUCAUCAUAAAUAAUUUGCGAAUAAUGACGAAAAAAAUCGAAAAUUUUACAAGAAAUCGAUAUAAAUGUUCAGUGAAAAUAAGUUGCCUGCGUCGUUGUAGCGACUUAACAGAAACUCCAGUAGAAUAAGUACAACCGUUUUGUUAAUAAAAAAUACCUACUUCCUGUUUCCUUUGUUUCCUCUAUCAUCCAUGCAUAUCCAUUCCCCUCCGAUUCCACAUCAGUAAUUUUACAAGAGGAAUAUAAAACAAAAUUUUAGUUAGUUAGGUUGUAAGUACUGUCAAAAACACAUUCUAAAUGUAGAAAUUAAUUUGUGUUGUAUAGUGGUUUUAUGACGUGAAAUAUUUUCAUUUAUGUUUAGGUAUCGGUAUAUCAACAUAAAUAAUGUAUUUAUGGUUAAUACAAAAUCAUUAUUAAACACUGUAAAGUUAAACAGUAAUUGUAACAGGACAAGCCAGCGACACUUUUCCACUUAUGUUUUAUAUUCCUCGUUAAAUAUUACCAUGUCCCCAUUGAAAAAUCCCGUAGCUCAUUCCUAUAUCCACACUUAAAUAACAUUCUUAAACACUUAAAUCUUACAGCAAUACAGCUUCGAGUCGCGCCAUUUUUAUUAAAUCAUACAAUAAAAGCCAUCAAAAAUACAGAGUAAAAUAAGCAAUAAAUAUAAGAAAUCUUACGAAUUAAACUAUAUUUAAAUAGAUUUGCACGUUGCUUCUGAGAUUAACAAUAGAAAGUAAAAUAGUAUUUUUACAUCAUCUACUUUUAAAAUAUAUAGAAAUAGGUAAUUGUUAUACAUUAGUACAACAUUUGUUCAACAAAACAUUAAUGAAAUAAAACAUCAUAAAACUAAUCUGCAUUCCUUAAAAAAAUCCUUAAAUUAUAAAAAAAAACUACAAAAAUUUUAGAAAUGUAUCACAUCGCUUGUGAAUUUCGUGCACCUAAUUCGUUUUAUAAACUGUUUCAAGUUCAAGUAUUUCAAAUUCUCAUCACGGCAAUCGAUAGGCGAUUUUCAAUUAUAAGGGUGAUCAAACAUAUAUAUUUUUUAGUUCAAACUCGUGAAUGACAAUUACACAAAGUAAAUAUAUCAAACAGAAUUUAUUAAUAACUCAUUUCGUUACCAUACAACCAAAUACGAGUGAAAUAAAUUCGUAAUCUGUGGUACCUGCAAUGUAGAUAUUGAAGAAUACAUAAGGUGCUAAAUAUAACGAACAACUAGAAGUAGCGACUAGUGGACUCACAAAUGCGAUAUUUUGGCUAUUUUAUUAUAAACCCGCCACUUCGACUUGGUCUAAUUAAGAAAUUCGCGCCUUUUUUAAGUCCGUUUGCAGAAACAGAGGUAAAUAAAUUAAAACAGUUCCCUAUCACAUUUAAAAAUAGAAAAAAUACUAUCGAUUUUAAAAAGUUCCAAGUGAUUGUUAAAUUGUGCAUACAUGAAAAAAAUAUCCAAAAUAUUGUAGAAGUGACAUGUAGCCGUUAUAUUUAUUUGUAGACUGAGCUAGCUGUAGAUUAGUUCUUUAAAAAUAUUUUGCAUUUUUAAGAGGUUCGUGAAUAUACGUUCUCACAUAUUGUGACAAAAUUUUUCAUCGACUCAUUCAUCUAUUUUUACAUAAUAUAGAUAUAAAAUGUUAAGUAAGGACUUCCCAUGUCGAAAUGUGCUUGAUUGUGCUUAAAAUAAGUAUUACUUAAAUAUGAGUGAUUAAAUUGAUGCUAGUCGUGUUCAGAUUAUACGCUUUGAUUAAUCUUGAAAACUAACUAGGCAAAUUUGUAUUCAAUCCACUUAAUUAUAUUAGCGUAAUUUUAUGUAAGAUUAUUUAUUCCCGUAAACCACUUAAUUUUUCUCUUGUAUUAAUGGAAGUAUUUUAAAUUAUAGCAUGAGAAUAGUUUAAUUUUUAACCAAAGUAUUUGUUGGCAGCUCGGCUGAUUCACAUUUUUAUUUUUGAUCAGUUGUAUAUGGUAAUAGAGUGAUAUGUUUAAUUAUUUUGUAUCUUGUAUUCCGCAUUUAUUCUACGACUGACGUUUGCUGUGCUAUUAGUAAUAAAAUUGCCAAUUGUGUAGGUCAAAUCCUUCUUGGUUAAUUAUGACAUAAAAGUAUUGUAUAUUUCCAUAUUGACUUGAAAUAGGUAUAAUAAUGAUUUAUUUAUUUUUUUCACCUGUAAGAAAUUAAUAUUUACUUUUAAAAAAUCAGUAUGCAUUAUGCAGUACUUUCCCAAUUGUAUGUAAUUUUUUAACUCCAUGUUAUAAAGUCAAACAGAUUUUACAGUUUUAUUUAAAUUCAACACAAUAUUCAAUUAUUUAUUAGUUAUAAAUAUGAUAUACCUAUGUUAUUCAUGAACACCAAUUCAAAAACAUACCAGUGCUAAACUGAAAAUAAUUAAGAUCGAAAAAGGCUUCGCUUUAGUACAAAUGUGUGAUAAUUCGUGGAUCGCAA